UGGAGAUUAAUGCACAUACCGGGUGAAACGAAUCGCAUAUGGCACUCAGGACGUGUUGGCGGUUUACAGGGCUUGCCCCGCGGCUGUUAUGGAACAGUACUGUCCUGCCUGGGGCUUCUGUCCCGGGAGGACGACGCUCUGUGUCCAGCCUUAACAACUCUCACACAGCCACAGAGUUGCUGAUCCGCAGGUUCAGUUCAGCGCCACCAAGCACAGAUGUGAGUUACGACCAGCUGAAGGAGCUCCUGGCCGGCCGGAAGUCUGUUGUCAUAGAUGUCAGAGAGCCCUGGGAGCUCAGGGAGUUUGGCGUCAUCCCCGGGUCAAUUAACAUUCCUUUGGGACAGCUGAACACCGCCCUCCAGCUGAGCUCGGAAGAGUUUAAAGAAAAGUAUGGUGGUGAAAUGCCCCAGCAGACUGAUAAUGUUGUGUUCAGCUGUUUGGCAGGGAUCAGGAGCAAGAUCGCUCUUGACACAGCCGCCUUGCUGGGAUACAAAGAUAUUCAGCAUUACCCAGGUGGAUGGCAAGACUGGGUGAAUCACGAGCAACAAAACUGAUCCAGCGAUAAUGGAACAGAAAAUAAACAUACGUAAAGCUCUUUUUGAAAAAUUACCCAAAAUCAGACUGCAAAGUGAGAAGGCACAACAAGGAAUCUUGUGAAAGGUUUAAAAAGUUCAUUCACAUUUCUGUUGUAUGAAGAGCCAGUUUUCCUCAUCUGUGAAUCCCAAAGAUUGAAACCAGAGGGCUUGUCGCACAUUAGCAAUCACACGUCUGCUGCUAAGAAAAUUCAAAACUACUGCAAUAUUACUUGAAGUUACUUGUUAAUUUAUUUCAGCAUGGGAUUAUUUACAAAUUCUAAACAAACAAAUAUAUAAUAAGUGACUAUUCUAAACCUUACUACAAAUUCUAAUAGACUGUGAUGUGCUAAUGCUAAGUGCUAAUGAAGUUUUUGUUUCCAGACUGUCUAUGCAAAUGAAUAUUUAACUGUGUGUGAUUGUGAAUUAAAAUGAAGUCUUUCCUUGCAUAAUGUGAACAAUUCAGCAUUUCAAGUUGAUGUGUUGUAUUAUAUUGCUGCUCAUAGAUGAAACUGUCAGUGUAGUUGCCAACAUGAUUCAAUAAAUCAAAGUA